AUGAAUUUGAAGUCGCUACGAGGAUUUCUGGGACUCGCGUCGUACUAUCGGCGUUUUGUCUCAGAUUUUGCGGCAUUGGCUCACCCUUUGCACGCACUCCUCAAAAAGAAUUCUGAGUGGAGGUGGACGGAGCGUCAUGAAGGCGCAAAGAACAGUAUCAUUGAGCAUCUCACGACUGCUCCUGUUCUGGCCCAUUUCGAUGAUGCUCUGGAAGUCACCAUUCAGACCGACGCAAGCCAGACUGGACUUGGAGCAGUAUUGACACAAGAUGCUGGUGAAGGACACCGACCUGUGACUUUCAUCAGCAGGGGGCUGUCGGAUACUGAAACGCGCUAUCACGCCAAUGAGUUGGAGUGCUUGGCGGUGAUGUGGGCGCUGAAAAAGUUGCGCACCUAUGGCUAUGGUAGACACUUUUUUGUCAAGACGGAUAGCUCCGCCGUAAAGUGGAUGAUGGGGAAGAAAGAUUUGAAGGGGAAGUUUGUGAGAUGGGUUCUCGAACUGCAGGAGUUCAAUUUCACGAUUGAACACCUGAAAGGGACCGACAAUAUCGUCGCAGACACACUGUCUAGAAAUCCGGUUGAAGUCCUGACAACAGCCCAGGAUUCCGAGACAAUCUGUGCGACCGUUAGAGAGCCCGAAAUGGGUUUUGCCUCACGAGAGCUCGCCCUCUUGCAGCAGCAAGACGGCCAGCUGAGAAAAAUUUUUGUAGCCUUAGACACCCCUACUCCCUGUAAAAUUUCGCAAGAAUUCGUUAUUCGCGGUAAAACACAUAAACAUGCGAUCGGUCAGGUGGUUGGCAAACUACAACCCAUCGAACCACCCUCUGCGCCAUUCGAGCUGAUUGGAAUCGACCACUUAGGUCCGUUUAAGCCUACUGCUUCAGGACAUCGUCACAUUAUAGUCGCGAUCGACUAUUUAUCCAAGUGGGCCGAAGUCGCCGCCGUUCCCGAUACGUCGACGCAAUUUGUCACUUCGUUCCUUGAAACUAACGUCGUUUUUCGACAUGGAACACCGCGUCGCAUCAUCAGUGACCAAGGGACGGCCUUCACGUCGCAGAUGUUUGCUGAAUGGGUUGCCCGGUGGAACGUGAAGCACAUCCUUGCGACAGCGGAACACCCGGAAACAAAUGGGUUGGUUGAGCGAGUAAAUCGCACCCUGACGCUAGCUUUUUGCGCCUUUGUCAACGAGGACCAUACCGGCUGGGAUUCACACCUAUCUGCGGCAACUUAUGCCAUCAACACCGCACGCCAAGCCACGACCGAAACCACUCCGUUCGAGUUGGUCAAUGAUCGCGCCCCUGUAUUAGCCAUUGAAAACCUUUUUCCGUGGCCAGUGGAGCAACAAGAGUCACACGAUGUUUUUAGCUCGCGUGUCUCAGAUUUGAGAACGUCGGUAAGGCUGCGCAUUUUAAAGAAGCAGCGCAAGGUGAAAGAACGAGUGGACCGUACUCGAAGGCCAGAACCUGAACUUCGCCGCGGCGACCUCGUCCUCGUACGUCGGAAACCCAGGAAGAAGAAUGCAACGAAGACAUUCCUCCCCAAGUUCGUUGGUCCCUUCCAAGUUGUCCGCAAAGUGUCAGAGACAACCUAUCUCGUCGAAGACCUGCCAGCAAACAGGAAGAGGCUAACUUACAGAAGCUUCAACGCGCAUUGCUGCCAAUUGCGCCGCUUUCACGGUAGGACUGAUGCUGAGUGGGAUGAGUCAGUCAGCGUAGAAGCCGAUGAAUCGUCAUCAUCGUCUUCCUCGAGCAACCCUUCCACGUCCGAAUCGGAAGAAGAGCCCCAGCCAGCUACGCCCAUAACCAUAACAAGAGUAGGGAGAAGGACAAAACGCCCUGGAUGGUUAAAAGACUACGACCCUUGA